AUGCGUGCAUCGACGAUACUGCUCCUCGGAGCUUCUACCAUUUCCGCUGUUCCAUUAUUCCUCCGCGCGCCGUCAACCCUGAUAUCAACCAUCAACACUCGAGAUUCAACCGACGACAAUAACACAGACAACAACAAAGUUCCCCUUGCCGGAAUCAUAAUAGGAUCCAUCUUCGGCACCGCCCUCCUCCUCUGUCUCAUCGCAUACCUCGUCAGCCACGACAACUGCAUCACACGCCGCGGAUGGUUUAAACGUCGUCGCGAGAAAAAGAUAAGCAAGGGAUCAUCGCAGCAUCUGAACGUACAAGACGACGAAGAAGCGCUCACGAAACGCGCUUCAUUUGCUUCGGAGCGGGAAUCGAUCAUGUUCAGCAGGAGUCGUGCGUCUUCACUCAACUUCGCGGUGGUCGAGGAUGUGGAUCAUUCGCAACGUCGAAUGUCGUCGCAGGUCUAUGUAUUGCGAGACGGGAAAUAUGUGCCCGUGGAUCAGACGGAAGCUGAGCAGCGAAAGGGACUUUUGAGUGGAAAUGAGAUGGCCGAAGUCGACAUUGUCUCGUCGUCUAUGGAUCGUAGUAGUGAGCGUGCGUCGCUGACUAGUAUUCCUGUUAUCGUUUCGCCGCCGCUGGAAGAUACGCACACAGAUCAACAGCAUGAUUAUAUGUCACGGACGGGGCGUGAUAAUCGCUCUUCAGUGGCUUCAGUUGUGUCGGCAUUUCAAGAAAUACUCCCGGACGACCCCAGGACCCAUGAAUGA